GCCACGUUUUAAACUUAAUAUUUCAUGUUUAUAAAGAUUAUGCUAACAUUUAAAAUUAUUUACCAUAAAGAAGAGUUUUUGUAGUUUAAUUAAACACUCUUGAUCAGCUUGUUAACCUAAUAUCUUCCAACUGUUUUUAAAUAACAUGGCAUCGGAGGAAUCUCUCUGCUCAGAGUUCAUGGACUGGGAACUAGAUGGUUCAUCCUCCAAUGGAUUAAAACAGGAGAAACAACUUUCUGUAUCACAAAGAAAGUGCUACAGCUUCUGCAGGAGGAAGUCAUUUGCUGCAUUUGUGGCGUCCAAAAAGGAAGGCAGUCAGGAAGAAGGAAGGACAUCUUGGUGCUGCUGCGGCCAAACCUUCAAGGAACACUCAGCCGUUCACAAACACGUCGCCAGGACUCACGCGGCUGAGAUUCAGCAGCUCACACAGUCAGCAUACGAGCAUUUAUUAAGACAGCUGGAAGAAGAGCCUGAAUCACAGCAGGAGAACGACCGCGAGACUGAGCCAGUGGACAUUUCUGUGUGGAUCCCCAACACCAGUCACAUCUCUGAGGAGCAACUUGAAAAGGGUCCAGGCAAGGUUCUCCUAUAUUACCACUACUGUGAAGUGGACAAACCACAUGUCAUCUGUGCCUGGCAGAAAGCUUUGUGUAAGAGGCUCCACUUAACUGGGAAGGUGAGGGUGGCGACUGAAGGGAUCAACGGGACGGUUGGUGGCACCAAAGUGGCCACUGACAUGUACAUCGACGCAAUGUGUUCUCAUCCUCUCUUCAAGAUGGAGAAAGAAGAUUUUAAGACAAGCGAUGGUGGUGCAGAGUGUUUUACAGAACUGAAGGUCGGGGUCUAUAAGGAAAUUGUUCCGAUGGGAGUCGAUCCUGAUGUCAUCUCCUACCAACUGGCAGGAAUUCAUUUGGAGCCUGAAGAGUUUCAUAAAGAAGUGGAAGCUCUAAUAACUAAAGGGGAUGUGUGCAGUGACACCGUCCUCCUGGACUGCCGCAACUUUUAUGAGAGUAAAAUUGGGCAGUUUACUCAGUGUCUGGCUCCAAACAUCCGUAAAUUCAGCUACUUCCCCGACUACGUUGACCAGAACCUCGAACUCUUCAGAGACAAGAAGGUCCUCAUGUACUGCACAGGAGGGAUCCGCUGUGAGCGCGGCUCUGCCUACCUCCGCUCCAAAGAUGUGUGUAAAGAGGUUUACCAGCUAAAAGGUGGGAUUCACAAGUACCUGGAACAUUACCCAGAGGGCUUCUAUCGAGGGAAACUUUUCGUCUUCGAUGAGCGCUACACCAUCUCCUCCAACAAUGACAUCAUCUCAGACUGCAGGUACUGUGGAUGUCCCUGGGAUCGGUAUGAACUCUGCUCCACUCAGUACUGCUGCCAGCUGGUUCUGUCCUGUAGCAGCUGCAGACAGGAUGGACACACCGCCUGCUGCCCCACCUGCCAAACCAAAGGACAAACUAAGAGAAAGGCAUCCUCUGUCGGCACGCAGUAUAAAGAGGAGUGUGAGUGCACUGAUGGACGUCCCAGAAUCCCUCAGGAUGCGCAGCAAUAAAGAGGUCACCACUGGAUAUCAUUGCUUGCAGCCACAUGAAAAAUGUUGCCUGUCCUGGGUUAUUAUAACCAUGAAUGUACAACUAGGAUUGGUGGAAGGUGUCCAGUCCUUUUUUAAGGUUAUGAUUUGUUUGUUUUUUUAUAUGUAAGUGUGGAAUCAAAUUGGAUAUAUUAUGACGGUUUUUACUCUGAAAAAUCAUCCAUGUGUAAUGUAAAGACACAUCUGCUGGAUCCAUUAAUUUUACAGUAUGACAUGAAUUUUGUGAAAGUGGGUCAACUCAUCAGGAAUAAAAUCUCAGAUCCAAGAGAGAG